AUGGGAAUUUCAACUUUUAGAUAUAUUUCAAAAUACCACAGGUGUCUAGUGUUGAUAUUUGUUCUGAUAUAUACCGGGAAAUUCAUUUCAUUGGUAAACGCUUCAAGAUAUGAUCCCCAAUGGCUUAAUUUGAUCGAAAAUGCCGACACACCUGAGGGGUCUAACACAAAAACAAGUAAAGUAAAACUCAACGUCACCAUAGUACCAGUGGAUAGCAAUAAACAGAAGCUUGGAUUUUAUUUUAGUAUUCAUUCAAGCCUAUGGUUGUCUGAUAAGGAAAUCCAAGAUUUGAUAGGUUAUACUCAAAACAAUCAAUAUGUUCAGGAAUUCCGUAUUUUCAGAGAAAAAUUAUUUAAGAGGUAUUCACAUUACAACUUUAGCGGUCCUACUCUGAAGUACAAAUUUUUAACUAUCUUAACCUGUAUCUGUAUCCAAGGAAAUGUACAAGUUUAUGAAAAUUCUCUUACUAAUCAAUUUGAUAGAAGCAUUUCUGUUAACAUCCCAGAGUAUGUGACACAACACACGAAUGUAAAAGAUUGGGAAUGGCUGGAAUCCCCUUUGCCGGAUUUGUCCUUUUUGAUUGCCCUUAAUGAUGUAAAAGAAUAUGCUGUGCCAAAUGUUUCAGUUGGAGGGGAAUAUGACGCUUAUUAUUAUGAGAAGGUUAUUUUCGGAAAUCAAUCUCUUGUAACUGGGGAAAAAGGUGCAUUAGAUACACAAUCAUCUCCUGAAACGCCCAUUCAUGAGAAUAAUGGUCAGGAACAGAAGUCAUCAGAUAAUAAAGUAUCUAGCGCGAAUAACAGUCUUAACUCCGUAGACAAAAUCCCUCCUGAAAACAAUAAUACAGACGGUAUGACUGAAGAAUCGGACGUUGGUGGUAAAUAUGAUAACACGACCAUUUCAGAUACUCCUCCGGAUUCAAAUCCGGAUAACCAACCGGAGACUCCUGAAACAGAUCAAGCUCUAAAUGCAAAAGAAGAAAAUUCUGAAUCAAACAAGGGAAAAUCUGAAAAUGUUCAAGAAUCUCUCAACAGCGAAGAAAAGGUAGAUGAGAAUGUUUCAAACGGGGGUUCUGAUGUCGGAGAAACUACCGGAACAAACUCAAAAACUGAGGAAUACGAUGAGACUCUAUUGAUGGAUAUGUUUGAAGCGUAUGAUAAUUUGGGUAUUUCUUCUGGAUCAUAUACUACAUUGAAUUUUACAAUGACUAUUCGUUUCUACAAUGCAAAUAAAGAAAGGAGUGUUAAUGUAAUAACAAAAACUAUCCUUUUAGUACCUGGGUCUAUAUUUAAGAUUUGUAGAUCAGACAAAUUUGAUGAGGAAUGUGCUCGUGAAAUAAGGAAUAGACUAAUGGGCCGUUAUGAGGACGAUGAAGCAGUGGCAUUUAAAUGGGGAAGAUUAAUUUCCCUCUUACAAGCUUUGGCGUUCCAGAAUUCGGUAUACGUAGAAAAUGCUGUUUUCAGGAGUGAAAAACCUUCUAUAGCUAUGGUCAAACCUGAAUUUGUAUUACCGUUGAAAUCAUUGUACCUUAUCACUAGCUUGUUUGGAAAUGCACAAUCUACAAGUGGGAAGAUAACACUUUCAUUCGAGGAGUUCAAGGAAAACUUUCCAACAUUGUCUGAUUCUAAACUUGUGGAUCUAGGUAUGAAUUUUGGGCCAAAUCUAUUUCUAAAAAAAUUCGUCCAAAAAUAUGGAAACCUUUUGGUUACACACAGCGUGAAUGAUCUGCCUCUGGAUAAAAAAACAUCUUCUACAGAGACAAACAAACCUACAACGAGCUAUACAAUUAACUCCAAUGAGGAUAAUAAUGGAAGUAAUGUUUCGAUAAAUGAAUUGUUAGAUGAAAAGGUUAAUACAGUACCACUUCAUCAAGACAUUCAUUUUAUUUUAUCAGGAUAUGAGAAAUCCUUGAGUAACGUGCCAAAGAAACUCAAUGGAUAUAAGUUAUCCUGGGACACUGUAAGCAAAUACCCUGAAUUGUUAAACUUAUGGAUUAUAGCAUUGGAUGUUAUGAACCUUCUUAAAAAGGGUGGAAAUCUCAAAGAAUUCUUGGACAGCCAUGUGUUUUCCUAUGAACAGUUGAAAGACUUGUUUGAAAUAACGUAUGGUUUAAUAGCAAGUGAAAAUUACAAUUCAGUAAGACCAUUCUAUGAAAGUGUAGGAAUUACUCAAGAAGAUGUAGAUAAAAAUCUCUCCAGAGUGAAAAACUUAUUUUUUGCUAGAACAGCGACAUCUAUUACACGUUUACCUCCUAUAGUAAAAGAAAUGGGUCGGGAAUGUUCUAUAAAGGAUAUGAUCACAUCUCUAUCAUCGCAAGAUUUGGUUGAAAGACUCCAACUAAUGUUUGGUACGUGGUUAAAAGAUUUUCGCGAGAUAAGUGAUGAUAAUAGCUUUGAGUUAGCUGGGUUAUGUAGCGCUAGUGCAGCAUUGCUCCAGCAAUGGCAUUUUUUCCAAAUUGAUCAGAAAUUUCAUGAAAGUAACGUUCCAUGGAUAUCUCUCAUAACAUCAUUUUCAAGAUUGGCAAAGGGAAAAUAUUCUGAUCCAACGCAAAAAAAUGAACUGAAGGAAUUGGUUAACAGCCCAGCCGGAAAGAUUUGUCGUAAAUACAUAAAUUCUGCUGGAAUUGUAUCUUCAUCCCCUUACAAAGGCCCUGGUCGUAAUAUUCCUCCGAAAUCUCUAGUGGGUGCUGUUGGAAAUGCACUUGACCAAAAUAUGGAAUCUUCUGUUGAUGAUAUUGUAAACUCCAUGCAGAGAUAUUUUGGAACAGAAUUGAAGAAAAAGAAUGUAGGUAAUUCUUUGGGCAUUUGUUUUAGUCUACAGAUAUUACACAGAAUGAAUAAGUGUCUAUCAAUAGAGAGGUCAAAUGAUUAUGCACUUUAUAUGUUAAAUCUUUUAACUAUGGAUACUGCGAACAUUCUGAAUUAUUAUACCUCUAUUGCUGAACAGACAUCUCCUUUAGACUUUAAACACGAAUUUAUACACAAAGCAUGCGAUAUUAAUGAUCCUACCGUGAAUUCGAUUCUUAAUAAGCUCUUCAAUUUGUUAUCCGUGGAUUCGCACAAGUUAUUGGUGGAUGAAGUCAAUAAAAGGGGUUUCAUAUCACCGGCUGUUAAGGAAUCUGGUGAAUUGGUCUCUGAAGAAUCCGAUGAAUCGUUUGAUGAUAGCGAUAUCGUUGAUUUAAGUGACAAUUUUAUGAAUCUUCAAGAUUCUUUUGAUUCGCUGGACUCAGAAUCGUUACUUGAAAUUGCUCAUUCCAUUGACGAAAGAAAACACAUGGAAAGAGAUAUAUCCUCUGGAAAAUCUACACGGAUAUCUGAUUCAUACAUUGGCUCCCCAGAUUUCACUUUAAUGGAGAAUAUAUAUGAAAAUAUAAUGAAAAACCACAAAAUAAUCGAUCCUAGAGAUAUGAAGGUUCUAAAUUUUGAUAUUCGUAUGGAACCUCAACACACCAAGGAGCUCUUAUCUUUAAACGUUCCUAUGUCAUUUCACACCGUAGAAAGUGAAUUUAUAAAAAUUCUAAAGGGAAGGGAACUUUUACAUAUGCUCCUUUACAGACUCGCAAAGAGGAUUGAAUCAUUAGAAGAAGAUAUUCCUGUUGGUGAUAUUGAGAAGAGGACACUAGAAUUGGCAAAAGAAAAAAGGAAAAGAAUAUUUUCAAUUCCGGUAGAGGAAUACAUUGCAUAUGGUCAGUACGAUUUACAAACUUAUAGAAACCUCAAGAAUAUUUUGGAAAAAGUUCCAGAGGAUGGUUUUUACUUUGAGCAAUUGGACGGGGAACAAGUUCCGGAGGAUUAUAUAGGCCAACAUACUGCCAAAUGCAUAUCUAAAGGUACAGGAACCGUUGUAAUCCAAAUUAUUGAUCCUGUAGAAGAUUAUAACAUAAAAAAUCUUUUAUUGAAUAAUAAUCACAUAAGAUCACAUGAUCAACGUUUUUACGAAAUUUUUGUAAGAUAA